UAGAUUACGAUUGAUUUUUGUGAUUUUUGCAGCAAAACCGUCUUAACUUGUAGAGUUUAGGGACUGCCGGAUUGUCCUGUCAAGGUAAGCAUCCUUAAAAUCUUACGUAUUAAAAACUAAGUGUGGUAUUGCGUGCAAGCGGUGUGACAUUUCUGAUAAUUGUAAUAGAAAUGAGUUAGGUAUUUGCCUGUCAACUUUGCAGCAAGGCAUGACAGUAGGGCGACCGAAAUAUAUAUUUGAGUAUUUGCUAAUAUAUUUGAGUAUUUGCUACAUAAUUUAUAAAUCUUCACUUGUCAUAAGGUUAAAAACUGCAAUGUAAAUUAUAAAGCCAAAUUUGCCCUAGCUGACCCACUUGCAUCUCCUGUACAUAAUUUUUGGACAAUGCCCACAUCAAGAGAGGGCAACUAUGGAGCCAAGCUGAAUCUAAGCAAGUCACCAGGUGGCCAGUGACCGGACGGUUCCACCAAGCGGAGGGCGACUCACCGUUACCUGUGACCUGGCCGCGUGAAGUGAGCGUGGCCAUCUGGAAAGCUGUCACGUGACCAUUAGGUACGUGAGGUGACCAUCAGGUAACCUACGGUGAUCCGUGGCAGGAUGAGCCGCGACCAUUAGGUGACUUGUGCUCAUUCGACGGCCUCUCACCGGUUGACGAUCUGUGGCUCACCCGCCGUUGACCUGUGGCCCGCUGGGUGUACUGUGAUCGGUCCGUCGGUGACCUCUAAAUGGCCUGUCGGUGACCUGUGACUGGCCCGCUCGUGACCGGUCAGUGACCCCAGAGGGACCCGCCGUGAUCUGUGAUCUGUCAGUGGCCUGACCCGCCCGGGAGCGAUGGCGGCGCCGACGGAGCGACUGCAGAAUCUGGAGAAGAUCGAGGCAGAGUUGGCCAACGUGCUACAGACGGCCGCCAGCGUGCUGCAGGAACUGGCCAAGGACAAGGCUACCAUCAAACAGGUGGAGACGCACUCCACACUCUUCCUCAAACAGCUCAACAGCGUCGAAACCGAGCUGACGCGCGAGAUCAACUACCUGACCCAGGUGUCCACCGGGCAGCCGCACGAGGGUAGCAGCUACGGCUCCUCCAAGGUGCUACAGAUGGCGCGGCACCGGCUCCGACACGCCAGGAACGAGACGGCCAAACUGGACGCCAAGCGCGGCCACGCGGCUGCGGCAGCCGCCGCGGCCGCUGCUGCUGCGGCCGGCGGAGCGGCGCGGCCGGCCGUGCAGGGUCCCCCACCGCCGUACCAGGCUACGACGGGCCAGCCGCAGCCCCAGCCGCAGCCGAUGGGCCACCAGGCGCCACCGGGGUACGGCCAGCAGCCGACGGGGCAGUGAGCGGGCCGAGUCGGAUGGACAGUGAGCUGGCUGGGAGAUCCGCUGUGGGCUAGGGCGCGGGGGUCUUGGGGAGGCUGGCAGGACCGCUGUGGGAUGAGCCACAGGGACAAUGAGGGGACUGGGGGACCAGAGAGGGUCAAGUCGGCCCAUGGAGACGGCGGCACUGGGGAAGGUUGAUAUAAGACUGAGCGGCAUCGGUAGUCUCCUGCUCGGUCUGACCGGACGCGUAAUAUCGGAAUGAAUAUCGGCCAGCAGUGCAGUGCCGUGGUGGCGGACUAGGAGCUCACCCAUUCUCAGUGGACGCUGGAGGAGCGGCUAGCGGUCAGACACCUACGUAUACCCGCCACCCCGGUCACCAGUCCACAGGGACUGGGAAGUCCUACUCGUGUUCAGCUGGUGUCCUUGUCGAAUCCGUAUUCUAAAUGUGACAUUGUGACAAUGUUUUGACCCGUGUUUGAUAGAAAACCGUGCUGGGUACUUUGUAUCGUGAAUGUGGCGCCAUCUGUAUUUACAUACACAUAAAACCACCAGCCAA